UCAAUUAACUAAAUCUUCCCUGGAAACCCCGACAAACUCCAUAAACCUACUCGCUGUCAUUCUCUCUGAGUCUAUAUUCUUGGAUAUCUGACCUAGUAUCAGUUGGGCAAAUAAUUUUAGGUUUUCUAUUCUUUCGUCUGCACCAUGAGCAAAUCAGGGCAGCCCCCGGAUCUAAAGAAGUACAUGGACAAGAAACUUAACAUAAAGCUGAAUGCAAACCGCAUGGUGGUUGGUACUUUGCGAGGAUUUGACCAGUUCAUGAACCUGGUCCUGGAUGGUACUGUUGAAAUUAACGGCAAUGAAAGGAAUGAGAUUGGCAUGGUGGUAAUUAGAGGCAAUAGUGUUGUAAUGAUUGAAGCUUUGGAACCAGUCAACAGGGGUUAACGUUAUUGUGAUGAUACCUUUGUAAUUGAUCGAUUUAGCUACAUAGAACUUCUAUAAUCAAUUUUCCACUUGGUUAAAAUGCUAUAGUGAAUUGCCAAUAAGCAUGGUAAUCUUUUUUGGGUUUUCUAUUUGGAAUUAAUGACACGAAUGCUCUAUAUGCCCUUUAAGAGCUUGAAGAUGAGUGAAUUCAUUUGUACAUUUAUUUGCAGAUGGCAAGUGUGAAGGAAGCUAUUGAAUUCUUGUACUUAGUUAAUUGAUUCUAGAUAUUAUCCACACCA